UGCAGGGCUUGUCCCACAUAGACCAGGAGACUCAGGGUAAACCAGGAGCGAUGUACAGAGUCCUACUGAUGGGCCUAUGCCUUUGGGCAACUGCCACACUGACAGAGGCCAAGCCACCCAGGAGAAAAGGAGGACAGCAGGCAAAGCAUGGCAAAGAUGCUCGGGAUGAGCCUGAGUACGAUGACAUGCCGUUCCUACCUGAGAGGACCAGCCAGUGCCUGGUGAAUGGGAUCUCUCUGUUUGAGGGUGCCGUGUGGUCUCCUGAGCCGUGUAAGGUGUGCCAGUGCCGCGCCGGAGUAGUGAGCUGCCGGGCCGUGCCCUGUCCCAGAGCCGCAGUUCAGAACGAUCACCAAUCUGGGGGCCAGAGAGCCAAGAAGCUCCCUCCGGUCUCAGAGAACACCGUGGAGGCUCCACCAAAGAAGAAGGAGAAAGAGAAGUCUCCCCUGCGGCCGGCCGGGAAGAGCAAGAAGCCAAGCGGCAGAACAGUGACGGACUCUCUACCGCCAAGAGAGGAGACUGCAGUCACUCCUGUCAGAGUUGUAGAGAAACCAGUGGCACCGCCGAAGAGGAAGCCGGAGGCAUCCCUGAGGGUGGCGGUGGCUGGAGGCAGUCUGCCCAUGGCGUGGGCACUUGAGGGUAACGCAGAUGCAAAGCUUGGCCAGAGUCCGCCUGCCACACAAAAUACGCAGCAUGCGCAUGCUCAGCGACAGCCGUUAGAUGAUGAUGAUGAUGAUGAUGAUGACGAUGAUGAUUACUACGACUAUCUAGAUGACGACGACGAUGAUGACAACGACAGCUCAAUGAUGCGACCUGCUGGCCGACUGGUAGACCUGCCUACGAGGAGGCCUGUCCCGAUACCUACCGCCCGGCCUGUGGUGCCACUGACCCGCAGGCCGGGGGCACUGCCGCCCCCCAGGCAGCCGGAGGCACUGCCCACAGGCAGGCCGGUGGUGAGGUUUAACGGCAGGCCCACCAUCCCCCACGCACAGAGGAACAGCUACAUGGAGUCGCUGCCGGCGGGGUGCCUGCUGUCCGACUCGCUCAUCGCCUGCGGGAGCACAGGGAUGGGUCAUCUGCCCAUCAUCAAGGACACAGGGGUCAGGACCCUGUACCUGGCAGAUAACAAAAUUAGCAAGAUUCCAGCACGGGCUCUGGCUGGACUGCCUAACCUGGAGUGGCUGGACCUGAGUAAGAACAAGCUGGGUGACUUCUCCUUCAGUCCCGGCCUUUUCCAGAAUCUGACCAGGCUGAGGAGGCUGAACUUGGACGGCAACAACCUGACCAAAGUGCCAGCGCUGCCCUCAUCGCUGAUGGAGCUGAAGAUUAAUGACAACAAGCUGAUGGGGCUCACUCCAAAUACCUUUAAGGGGCUGUUUAAACUGCUCACCCUGGAGCUGGAGGACAACCAUUUCCAUGAUGGGAACGUGUCCCCGUUGACCUUCCGACCCCUGAGGAAGCUCAUCUACCUGAGGCUGGACGACAACAAGUUCAGAGCCAUCCCGUCUGGACUGCCCACGUCUCUGCAGGAGCUGCACUUGUCAGAUAACCGUAUUGAGGUGGUCCAGGCUGGAGUUCUCAACAAGACCAUCAACCUCAGAGUGCUGAACCUCAGCCACAACAAGCUGAGAGAAGAUCGCAUUGCUCCAAGAGCGUGGAUACACCUGGCGAAACUGGACACUCUGGACCUAUCCCAUAAUAAGCUGGUGCACGUGCCGUCCUUCCUGCCAGUGGCCCUCCGCCAGCUGACGCUGCACCACAACCACAUCGAGCGCAUCCCCGGCUACGUCUUCGCUCACAUGCAGCCCGGACUGGACUCGCUGCACCUGUCCUACAACCGGCUGCGGGAGGACGGCGUGGACGAGGUGUCCUUCCUGGGGCUGCACCGCUCGCUGACGGAGCUGCUGCUCGACCACAACCGCCUGGGCUCUGUGCCCAGAGGGAUGCUGCAACUCAAAGCACUGCAGCAGCUCAGGCUCAACAACAACUUCAUCAGUUACGUGCCUCUGAAUGCCAUCUGUGACACGCGUGUGACUGAGGACUCCCCGCUGAUGUCUGUCCAUCUGGAGAACAACCUGAUUGACCGACGUCUCAUCCCCCCCACCGCCUUCUCCUGCAUCAAGAGCUACCACAGCGUGGUGCUCAGGCCGCAGAACUACGAGGAUAUCUAUGAGUAGGACACACACACACACACACACACACACACACACACACACACACACACACACACGCACACACACACACACACACACACAUACACACACACACACAUAAACACAUAGUAAAGUUCUCAGGCCUCACACAAGUAGUGUUGAAAGAUAGCAAACAUAUAUAAAUACUGUAGGCAUGACACACACACACACACACACACACACACACACACACACACACACACACACACACACACACAGACAGACAGACAGACAGUAUUGUUCUCAAGCCUUUGGGCUACAAGCACAUUAGUGGGUAACGUUAACUGACAGUCAAUACACCCCACACCCAUUUUCCACAUACUCUUGUCUUGUUUUUUGUUCUCACUAUUUUCAUAUAGUAAUUUAGGAUUUGACCCCUCCUUUGGUUUCAUCUCGCUCCAUCAGGUGGAUAGGAUGUUUUUGAAUGUUGUUUUCUUUUUGUUUUUGAGUGUUUGAUUGCCGUUGUUAACUUGGUUAAACUUUUUUCAUUUUCUUACUGCUGUAUUCUAUGUCUUUGCCAGUCAUUGAUAGUUCUUGAUUAAGUCUAGCUAUUAAUAGUCAGAUGAUGUCACUAGGGGUUUCUAAGAAAUACUCUUUAUGUUUUGCUCUUUGUGUCUCAAUUAGAAUGGUAGGGAAUGGUUGGAAUUGUUAUUUUGUGGCAUAAAUUAAGAUAAGUCUUGAUUUACAUAUCAGGUGUGUUGACACAGUGCUAAGUGAUUAUUGUGCCUCUGAUACCGAUAUUGCUGUGUAAUCAAUAUCAUGAAAAGAAUACUAAUGUUCUUAUUUUAGUGUUUAUCUAUUUUGGGAACAGGAUAUGUUACAUUCCUGUUAAAAUCACAAAUGAAAGAUACUAAAACCAAAACCAAAACCAAUUUAAGUACAAUAAAAAGUUACAUUUCU